AUGGAUAUGAUGUCUCAAAAUUUAUUCUCUGGGUGGUGCUUUAGUAGUAAUUUUGUAAACCAUCCUAGUGGAAGAAGUGUUAUGGCUUGGAAUGACCAAGCAUUUCAUGUUGAGAUGAAAGUUGUCACAGACCAGCUUAUGCAUAGUCAUAUUAGAAGUUUAAGUGGGACUCAUGAGUUUGAAUGUACGUUUGUUUAUGCACAGAAUUCUGCUAAACAAAGGAAGGCUCUCUGGAGGGAUUUGGAAUAUAUAGCUCAGAAGAUCAAGCAUCCUUGGGUAGCAAUGGGUGAUUACAAUUGUAUUCUAAAUAGAGAGGAGCGUGUGGGUUCUGCAGUUAGAGAUGGUGAAAUGCUGGAAUUUAGGAGAUGCAUAAAUAAUUGUGAGUUAGAUGAUCUAAAAUCUACUAGCUAUUAUUACACAUGGAACAAUAAACAAUAUGGUGAUAUGAGAGUUUAUUGUAAAUUGGAUAGAGUGUUGUUUAAUGAGAAGUGGUGUGAGAAGUUUCGUGCAUCUAAAGCAUGGUUUAUGCCUGGGGGCAUGUUUGAUCAUUCACCAAUAGUGUUGUUUGUCUUUGAUGAUAGAAGAGGUGGGAAUACUCAUUUCAAGUAUUAUAAAAUGUGGAGUCAGGCUCUUAGUUUUCUGAACAAGGUAAGAGAAUGCUGGGAGAGUAGAAUUCUUGGCACAACAAUGUUUAGAGUGGUGCAAAAACUAAAGACGAUGAAGAACGUAAUGAAGAAUAUAAAUAAGCAUGGCUUCUCAGAAAUGCAAGUUGUUGAUGCCAAGGCUUAUGAGAUUAUGAUAGAGUGUCAGCACCACUUAAAGCAAGAUCCUGGUGAUAUUAAGAAAGAAGAAAGAGUUGUUGCAGAGUAUAAGAAAGUUCAUGAAUGCUACUUGUCUUUCCUUAGACAAAAGGCAAAAUUAGCAUGGAUUCAGCAGGGUGAUGAAAAUUCUAGUUUGUUUCAUAGAGCCAUAAGGAAGAGAAGAAUGCAGAAUAAUGUUUAUGGCAUUCAUGAUAUGAAUGGAACCUUGGUGGAAGGAGACAAGUCCCCAGGUCCUGAUGGAUUUGGAACCCACUUCUUCAAGGACACUUGGUCUAUUGUUGGUUCCAAAAUCACUGCCGCCAUCAAGGAUUUCUUUACUUCAGGUAAGCUCUUAACAGAAGUAAACACCACUAUUUUAACUUUAAUUCCUAAAGUUAAAUGUCCUAGUAGUGUCUCUGACUUCAGACCUAUUGCUUGCUGCAAUACUAUAUACAAAUGCAUCACAAAAGUCAUGUGUGAUAGAAUAAAAGCAAUUCUUCCUGUCAUAAUUGGUGAGAACCUAGGGGCUUCCAUUAAGGGGAGGUUCAUUGGUCAUAAUAUUAUGAUCUGCCAGGACUUGGUGUUCAUCAUUCCGAAGAAAGUGCUUAAUGAUGUAGAGAGUAUUUGUAGAUCUUUCCUAUGGACUGAGGAAUACUAUAGUGGGAGGCCUGGUUAUGUUGCUUGGGUAAGUGUUUGUCUACCUAAGUAUGCAGGGGGCUUGGGUAUCAGACAGAUUAACAAAUGGAAUAUAGCUGAUAUCAGACAGAUUAACAAAGAAAGGCAAUCUAUGGAUAAAGUGGAUUAA